UCGUGUAUUUUGUUUGAACUUCCAACUAGUUUUAAAUAUAACACAUUUUAACUUGUACGCAAUCACACGCCAAAGCCCCCACAAACACGCAGUUCUGCUGCUUAAAAGCAGCCCUUUUUCGAGUUACUUGUUGCGGUUUCGUUAGAAUUUAAGAAGUUUCUGACUUUUGCUUCGAUCAUGAAUUUCCUUGACUUCAACACCUACGAUGACUACGUGGACAGCUUCAUCACCCUGAAAGAUGUUCGGUACUUGCGCAAUAUCCAAGUCGAAAGAAACCUGAUUCUAAAUGGCUGUGGAAAAAACUGCCUGGGAGGACUUCUGACCCGGGCCCAGUUUGAGGAGCGACGCGACCAGGCGAUGCUCCUCCUGAAGCCCCGCGGUCUAUUUGGGGUCUACAACUUCGGUGACUUCCUAAACAACCACGACAAGGUCCUUCAACAGCUUGCCCUUCGGGAGAAGCAGCUGAUCGAGCGGCAACUUUCGACUGUUAUUUACCUGCAAAUGCGCUGCCACAAAGGUCUGGAAGUAUCCAGCUUCAUCGACUUGGAGCAGAGUCUGCGGGAGAGCCGCUUCAAGACCGCGGUGAACAUAACCGACUGGAGGGCUGUUUUUGAGAACACCAAGAAGCUAAUGCCGGGGAAGCACCACCUCAGCUACUACGCAUGGAACCGGAACCGGGUCCAGUACAACGAUAGCGACAACUUUCGGGUGGUGAACGAAGGUGCCCACAGCCUGUUGCUGAAGCACACGGGCGAUCACAAGAUAAUUUGCGUAAACGCGACCUGCAAGUGCCCCUACUCCAGAAACGCCAAGAGGGCUAUGUACCCCUCACCCGUCUACGGGUACGUCAUAUUCUUCGAUCACAUCAUCAGGCGCAUCAAUUAGCGAAAUCAUCGAAAUGUCAAUAAAGCCAAUGGAAACAGCGUUUAGGGUGGGCGAAUUUGUCCUUGACAGCUUA